AGGGCAUCUCUGGGCUGGAUGGCAUCGCCGGGCGACCUUGCCCUCCGUCGCCGGUGCAAGCAUCUGCCGAUCCCACGACCGAUCCCAGCACCCAGCGAGACUCGUCCCCGCCAACUCCAGCAGACACAUACAGAAUGUCGGCCAAAAAGUCCUCGGUCCCUGCUUACCAGUCGCUCACAGCCGGCGCCAUUGCUGGCGCUGUCGAAGCUACCGUGACCUACCCCACCGAAUAUGUCAAGACGCAGAUGCAGCUGCAAAACAAGUCGACCGACAAAAAAUUCGCUGGCCCCUGGGACUGCCUCAAGAAGACCGUGAGCGAAAAGGGCGUCUUUGGUCUGUAUCGUGGACUGUCGGCCAUGGUGAUCGGCACCGCUGCCAAGGCUGGUGUGCGCUUCCUUUCCUUUGAGCAAUUCAAGAAGCUGCUCAAGGAUGAGAACGGCAACCUCUCGGGCCACCGGAUGAUGCUCGCUGGUCUGGGUGCCGGCGUCACCGAGGCCGUACUGAUCGUGACGCCAACCGAAACCAUCAAGACCAAGCUGAUCCACGAUCAAAACUCGCCCAACCCGAAAUACCGCGGGCUGAUCCAUGGCACCUCGACAAUCGUCAAGGCUGAGGGCAUCGCUGGCAUCUACCGCGGCAUGACCGCCGUCGUCGCUCGACAGGGAGCCAACUCGGCGGUGCGGCUGACGAUCUACGGCAUCCUGAAGGAGCGAGUCCAAGGCAACUAUCCCGUUGAUUCGGUCACAGGGACCCGGCAUGUCCCUUGGUAUGUCACCUUUGGAAACGGUGCCCUGGCCGGCAUCAUCACUGUGUACAGCACCAUGCCGCUGGAUGUCAUCAAGACCAAGAUGCAGUCGCUAAAUGCCAAGGCUCUCUACAAGAACUCGGCUCACUGUCUCUACCGUGUUGCUCGCGACGAGGGCAUCCUUGCGCUGUGGAAGGGUGCCACUCCGCGCCUGGGUCGACUGAUCUUCUCGGGUGGCAUCGUAUUCUCGGUCUACGAACAAGUGUUGCUGGGUUUCAAGCUGCUCGGCAAAUGAGUACCCACAUCAUCCCUGCAGUAAUGGGCAAAAGCUGCGCCGUCUGUUCGGCUGUGGCAAUCGCAAUCGCAAUCGCAAUCGCAAUCGCAAUCGCAAUCGCAAUCGCAAUCGC